ACAAUCUCCCCUGUCAUCACAUUUCACUUAUUAAACUCUCUGUCUCAUACCACUUUGAUUUUUGCAUCACUCACCACAACAUGGCUACUGCUGCUACUGGCAUAGCCUCCUUCUUUUCAUCUUCCAUCAACGCUUCUGUCAAAUGUCUUCGUUACAAAAACUGCAUGUUUGCAUCUGUUAUGUCACAUUCUUCCUAUUCUUCCUCACUUGAGCCUUUAUCCAUUACUACACUUACACACAAGUUAUGGCUUCCUAGAAUUUCUGUUGCUGUUGCACAGGAAGAAGUGGUUGUAGCUGCUGAAGAGAAUGCUGAAGAAGUAGAAGUAGAAGAAGAGAAGGAACAAGGAGGGGAAAUUGUAGCAGAAGAAGACACAAGGACUAAGCUUUAUUUUGGGAAUUUGCCUUAUAGUGUUGAUAGUGCACAACUUGCAGGGUUAAUUGAGGAUUAUGGUAGUGCUGAACUAAUUGAGGUUCUUUAUGACAGGGACACUGGAAAAAGUAGAGGCUUUGCAUUUGUGACAAUGAGUUGUAUUGAAGAUUGCAAAGCAGUAAUAGAAAAUCUAGAUGGAAAUGAGUUCUUGGGGCGAACCCUGCGUGUGAACUUCUCUGACAAACCGAAACCAAAAGAACCAUUGUAUCCUGAAACUGAAUACAAGCUUUUUGUUGGGAACUUGUCAUGGACAGUAACUUCUGAGAGUCUAACACAAGCCUUUCAAGAAUAUGGAACUGUUGUUGGAGCUAGGGUGUUAUAUGAUGGCGAAACCGGAAAAUCUCGUGGCUAUGGCUUUGUUAGCUAUGGCAGUAAAUCAGAAAUGGAAGCUGCCCUUUCAUACAUGAAUAAUGUGGAACUAGAAGGACGAGCAUUGCGCGUAAGCUUGGCUCAAGGAAAACGUUGAUAAGGUCAAUAGAAUCUGGAAAAGGCUCUUAGAUGUUCAACAAUGGUGCCAAAGAAAUGAGAAGGGAUGGCCAUGUACCAACCAUGAGCACUUGCUUCACCUUGAUGAAGAAGUUCCUUUUCAUUUCUUGUGGUGUAUAAAUUAUUUCUUCCCACUUUCAUAAGAUAUGCUGACCCAAAUGAUAUUUUAUUGUGUUCAAUUUUUAGCUAUAUAGUGCUAAUAUUGGCUAUAUAUUGCUUCCUUUCCUUCUUGUCUCCCUAAAAAUCAUAUAUUGAAUUGCAUAUUUUGAAUU